UAGCAGACUUUGCUUUCCAGAUGCAGAACCUGGAAAUACAAAUGCAACAUAAAAAUGUGUGACUGUUUUUAAAUUGAACAAGUCUGAGAUGGCAAAAAGCAAGCUUCCAAUAUGGGAUUCCCUCGGAGCGUCACAGUUACAGAUUGUCCUUCUUGGAGGAAGGAACUGUGGGAAGAACUUCCUGGGGAACCUGAUUCUUGGGAAAGAGGAGUUUGUAACCAAGGAGAGGACUUCUUCUUCUCGGAGGCUGGGAGUGGUGUCCGGGCUCUGGCUCACGGUGGUGGACACUCCCGGCUGGUGGUGCGACUCCAGCGCUCAGGACACUUCCAACCUUGUGAAGAGGGAGAUCAUAACCAGCGUCUCCUUGUGCUCACCGGGCCCUCACGCGUUUCUGAUCACAGUGAAGGCGAGCUCAGUCUUCUCAGAGAGGCGUCGGAGAGCCGUGGAGGAGCAUGUGACCUUGCUGGGCGAAGGGGCGUGGGGUCACUGCAUCGUCAUCUUCACCUUCGCUUACAGGUUUCAGCACACACACGCAGAAGAGUGUGUGGAAAGAGGCGGCGAGGCCCUGCGCUGGCUGGCCGAGAAGUGCGGCCAGAGGUGUCACAGCGUCGUCCUGAACGACGACGCUGACAUAGCAGAGCUGCUGGUGAAGGUACAGAAACUCGCUGCAGAAAAUGGAGGCAGAGUGUUUGAGAUGCAGGGAAAUGUUUUGCAGAAAACUGCGGAGGAGAAGAGAGGAGCAGCUGAGAGGGCUCAGCUGAGGUUUUUAAGAAUGAAACGUCAACGAUCUCUCCUGAGGGAGAAGUUAAGGCCAGUCACUACCAUCCGCCUUGUGCUGCUCGGAGCGAAGGGUUCAGGAAAGACUUCAGCUCUGAACACCAUCCUGGGGAGAGAAAACAGCAGAAGACUCGGCAGAACUGCUCAGUGUUCGGUUGGAGACGCUGUGGUGUUUGGCAGACAGGUGACCGCCGUGGACACACCGGGCUGGUGGAUGAACUACUUCUGCAACGAGACUGCCCUCUUCGACCGGAGGGAGAUGGUGCUCAGCUUGUCUCUCUGUCCUCCGGGGCCUCACGUCUUUCUGCUGGCGAUCCGACUGGACCGAGCCUUCACGGAGACCUACAGGAGAGCGGCGCAAGAACACCUGGAGCUCAUCAGCGAGUGGAUCUGGGCUCGCACCAUCCUGCUGUUCACCUUCGGGGACUGGCUGGGCGACACCACCACCGAGAAGUUAAUCGAGAGCGAGGGAGAGCCUCUGCGGUGGCUGGUUGAGAAAUGCUCCAACCGGUACCACGUUCUGAACAAUAAAACCAAAGGAGAUGGAUUCCAAGUCAGAGAACUGAUCAGGAAGAUUGAGGAAGUGAUGACGUGCGGCUGCGACGGAAGCUGGCAUUACGAAAUAGAGAGGAGAGAGUUGGAAGAAAUGAAGAGGUGGAUGAAAGAAGAGGGAGAGAGAGCCACCGACCGGCUGAGGAGGAAGGAGAAACAAAGACUGGAGGCAAAGUCUGAGCUGGAGAAUCCUGCCCCUCUGCCAGAGCUGAGGAUGAUUCUAGUUGGUGGCAGGAAAGGAGGAAAGAGCUCAUGUGGAAACACAAUCCUCAACAGACACGACUUUCCCACAAACACCCAGACUGUCUCCUGCUGUGAAAACCAGUGCAGAAUCGAAGGAAAGACCGUCUCUGUGCUGGACACUCCAGGAUGUUUCCCCGUAACCUCAGAGGUGCUGAGGACUCCUUCGGCCGUCCUGUUGGUCGUCAACGUGAGCUCCUCGUUCACGGCUCUCCACCGGGAAGCCAUUGAGGAGCAGCUGGAUGCUGGGGGAAGCCAGCUCUGGAGCAGAACCGUGGUGCUGUUCAGCCACGGCGACUGGCUGGGAGACACGAGCGUGGAGCAACGCAUCGAGAGCGAAGGAGAGCCGCUGAGGAGGCUGGUGGAGCGCUGCGGGAACAGGUACCACGUCCUGGACAAUAAGAACCAGGGAGACGCAGCGCAGGUCACCGAACUCAUCCAGCUGGUGGAGGAGAUGCUGGCCGCAGAGAGGCGGGCCGACGUUUAUAAAGACGACCGACUGUGGAGACGGGUCAGUUCUGCAGAGGAACAGCAGAAUAACGUGAUGCUGCACAGGAGGAAUCUAACGAACCAGAUGAGGAGAAGAAACCGACUGUCUCUUGACUCGGCUGAAUCUGGAUCUUCCUCGUCUCAUCCAGAGGAGUUAAACCCAACGCAGGUUGUGGCUUUACCAGCAAGCAGAGCGAGAAGACAGUCUGGAUUUGUGUUUUCAGAGCGCAGCAGCUUGGUGUUCCUGUCUGUGCUCAAGCGGAGCUGGUCAGCGAUAGAGUUACCUCUCAGGUUCCCUUCUCCUCACAGCCUCACGCAGCAAACGAUGCUUCUGGUUUCAUGUCAGAGUCCGCCCAGCUUUCCCUCAGAGGAAAACCUCGUUAGCGUCCAUUCUCUCUGCCAUCCGGCUCUGAGAGAGCGCACUCUCCGCAGGACGUGUGAGUCCGGCGGCCCGCAGGCUCUGAUCGACCGGUGGGGCCACAGCAGCCUGGAGGAGCUGGAGUCCUUCAUUGACUCAUACUUUGAGAUGGUGUGGGAGCAAACCAUGGGCUCGUUUCAGGCCUCUGAGUCCGAGCCUCCGGCCACCGUGGAGGACGCUGCCAUCAGGGAUGCUGGAGGAGAGGAGCUGCUGUUCUCCAUCGACAGGAAGCUGACGAGGCUGGAGCUGCUGGAGGAGAUCCGCAGGGAUUUGGCAGAAGUGAAGAGGAACCUGGAGUGCAACACAAAACUCAGAGACCAAAGUGCAAUGGAAAAUUAAUCACAAACUUAUCAUUAACUCCAUGGAAAUAUAUUACAUCCUUAAACAACUCUGGAAAAAAAGACCACUUAAAAUGAUCAAUUUCUCUGAUUUUACUCUUUAUAGGUGUACAUAUUAGUAAAAUGAACAUUG